GUAGGGUAGAGGGACCCAGACCAGACCUGCAGGCGAUGUGUGGAAUAUGAGCUGAGUGAAACCCUCUGAAGCAGAGCGGGAAGGAGGGGCUUCCUUCAGGUUUCUGUCUUGCAGAGAGGAGCAGGAAUCCGACCUCUUUGGGCUUAGAUAUGUUGAAAAUGCUUAGCAAAGUUUUGGUUUCGUCGUUUGCAUUUCAUAAGAUCAAAGUCUAAAGGCUGUAACUCUCUUGCCCCAAGGGAAUGCGAAAAGGAAGGAGAAAUAGACGGCGUGGGUGAGGGGUGGCAGAGUGAAUCCCCAGGAGAGUGGAGUCCAGGCGCGACCCUGGCUCUGGAGGCAGGGUGUGGAUACCCGUGCAAGCUCGAACAAGUCCAGCCUUCUGGCGACCUGUGCCAACAGCGAGAAGGGACAGCAGGGACCUCUGUGGGCAGACGUGGGUGCGGAUUAGCAGGGAGCACCCAGCAAGAAACUACCCCCGGAUCCGCCCAGAGUCGCUAGACGCUGCGGGUGGCUCUUCCCACUCAAAGCCAGCUUAGGGAGAAGUUUUCUCCUGGGAAGGUGCGUGAGAGAUCGGAUGCCAGAAAUCUCUCAGGUGCUAUAAUUCACAAAUAGAAAUGACCCCAACUUAAAACUACAAGUGGAUGAUAGUGGAACUAAGGGGAACAUAAUUUACUGUGUUCUCACUAUCUAAGGUGGAGAGUCCUGACUGAAUGCACCAUCCUUUGAUCACAAUGCAGGUUUUCCAUAUUUUCCUAAUAUUUGAAUAACAGCAAAAAAAUAGACAUUAAAUUCCAGUCUUUCUACAUUAUCUUCAUUUUGAAGAACCAUGGAGAUGCUUUCAAGUGGAAUAGAAUCCAUUCUGUGUCUCAUUUUCUUCCUGUUAAAAUUGUCAACGGCACUUGAAAUACCACCUUCAGUCCAACAGGUUCCAACAAUUAUAAAGCAGUCAAAUGUGCAAGUUGCCUUUCCGUUCGAUGAGUACUUCCAAAUUGAAUGUGAAGCUAAAGGAAACCCAGAACCAAAAUUUUCAUGGACUAAGGAUGAUAAACCUUUCAAUCUUUCUGACCCUCGGAUAAUUGCAUUUAACAAUUCUGGAACAUUCAAGAUUCCAAAUGAGGGGCAUAUAUCUCAAUUCCAAGGGAAGUACCACUGCUUUGCGUCUAAUGAACUAGGAGUUGCUAUGUCAGAAGAAAUACAGUUCAUUGUCCCAGGUGUUCCAAAAUUCCCAAAGGAAAAGAUUGAACCCCUGGAAGUAGAAGAAGGUGACUCCAUUGUUCUCCCAUGCAAUCCACCUAAAGGCCUCCCACCAUUACACAUUUACUGGAUGAAUAUUGAACUGGAACACAUCGAGCAGGAUGAAAGGGUGUACAUGAGCCAAAAGGGAGACCUGUACUUUGCCAAUGUGGAAGAAAAGGACAGCCGGAACGACUACUGCUGCUUUGCUGCAUUUCCAAAAUUAAGGACAAUUGUUCAAAAAAUGCCAAUGAAACUAACAGUUAACAGUUCAAACUCCAUCAAGCAAAGGAAACCCAGGCUUCUGUUACCUGCGGCUGAGAGUGGCAGUGAGUCCUCAAUGACCAUCCUGAAAGGGGACACCCUGCUGCUUGAGUGCUUUGCGGAGGGCCUACCAACCCCCCAGGUUGAAUGGAACAAACUGGGUAGUGAUUUACCUAAGGGAAGAGAAACAAAAGAAAAUUAUGGCAAUACUUUGAAGAUAGAAAAUAUCUCCUUCCGAGACAAAGGAAAUUACCGUUGCACAGCCAGCAAUUUAUUGGGAACAACCACUCAUGAUUUCCAUGUAAUAGUAGAAGAACCUCCACGCUGGAAGAAGAAACCGCAGAGCGGGGUGUACAGCAGCGGGAGCAGCGGCAUCUUGUUAUGUGAGGCGGAAGGAGAACCGCAACCCACGAUCAAGUGGAGAGUCAACGGCUUGCCGAUUGACAAUCAUCCCUUUGCUGGUGAUGUCAUCUUCCCCAGGGAAAUCAGUUUUACGAACCUACAGCCUAACCAUACUGCUGUGUACCAGUGUGAAGCCUCCAACAUCCAUGGGACCAUCCUUGCAAAUGCCAAUGUAGAUGUCAUAGAUGCUCUACCAAUAAUACAAACUAAAGAUGAAGAAAAUUAUGCUACUGUGGUUGGAUACAGUGCUUUCUUACACUGUGAGUUCUUUGCUUCACCAGAGGCCAUUGUAACCUGGGAGACAGCAGAUGAGGCACAACCCCUAGAAGGCAGGCGGUACCACGUCCACAGAAAUGGCACCUUGCAGAUCAGCGGAACCACCAAGGAUGAUGCAGGAUCAUAUUCCUGUUGGGUAGAAAAUGCCAUAGGGAAAACUGCCGUCACAGCCAAUUUGGAUAUUAGAAAUGCUACAAAGCUCACAGUUUUUCCUAAGAAUCCUCGUGUCCCUCAAUCACAUAUGCUUGAAUUACAUUGUGAAAGCAAAUGCGACUCCCAUCUGAAACACAGUUUGAGGUUGUCCUGGAGCAAGAAUGGAGAGGCUUUUGAGAUGAAUGGCACAGAAGACGGCAGGAUAGUUAUUGAUGGAGCUAACCUGACCAUAUCUAACGUUACUGUAGAAGACCAAGGCAUUUACUCCUGUUUGGCUCAAACCGCUCUCGAUAGCAUUUCUGAGAUAACCCAAGUAACUGUCCUGGAUGUUCCGGAUCCUCCAGAAAACCUUCACCUUUCAGAAAGACAAAACCGGAGCGUUCGGCUGUCCUGGGAAGCUGGAGAUGACCAUAAUAGCAAUAUUAGUGAGUACAUUAUAGAAUUUGAAGGAAACAGAGAAGAGCCGGGAAAGUGGGAGGAGCUAGCUAGAGUUCAAGGAGCAGACACAGUCCUGUUAUCUUUGGCUCCAUAUGUAAGAUACCAGUUCAGGGUCAUAGCUGUGAAUGAGGUGGGGAGAAGUCAGCCCAGCCAGCCCUCGGACCAUCAUGAAACCCCACCAGCAGCUCCUGACAGGAAUCCACAGAACAUCAGGGUUCAAGCAUCUCAACCCAAGGAAAUGAUUAUAAAAUGGGAGCCUUUGAAAUCCAUGGAGCAAAAUGGGCCAGGACUGGAAUAUAAAGUGGCGUGGAAACCACAGGGAGCGUCCAUAGAGUGGGAAGAAGAAACGGUUACAAACCACACACUGAGAGUGAUGACACCUUCUGUCUAUGCUCCUUAUGAUGUCCAGGUCCAAGCCAUUAAUCACAUCGGCCCUGGGCCCGAACCUCAGUCCGUGACUCUCUACUCUGGAGAAGAUUAUCCGGACACAGCUCCAAUGGUCCGCAGUGUGGAAGUUAUAAACAGUACAUUAGUUAAAGUCACCUGGUCAGCAGUUCCAAAGGAAAGAGUUCAUGGGCAUUUGAAAGGAUAUCAGGUAAAUUGGUGGAAAACAAAAAGUCUGUUGGAUGGAAGGACACACCCCAAAAACGUAAACAUUCUAAGAUUUUCAGGACAAAGAAAUUAUGGAAUGGUUCCUUCCUUAGAUGCCUUUAGUGAAUUUCACUUAACAGUCUUAGCCUAUAAUUCCAAAGGAUCUGGACCAGAAAGUGAGCCUUAUAUAUUUCAAACACCAGAAGGAGUGCCCGAACAGCCAACUUUUCUCAAGGUCGUCAAAGUUGAUAAGGACACUGCCACUUUAUCCUGGGGACUACCUAAGAAACUAAAUGGAAACUUAACUGGCUAUUUGUUACAAUAUCAAAUAAUAAAUGAUACCUAUGAGAUUGGAGAAUUAAAUGAUAUCAACAUUACCAAUCCAUCUAAGCCCAGCUGGCGCCUCUCAAACCUCAGUGCGACAACCAAGUACAAGUUUUAUUUGAGGGCUUGCACCUCAAAAGGCUGUGGAAAGCCAGUCAGUGAAGAGAGCUCUACGCUGGGAGAAGGGAGUAAAGGUAUCAGGAAGAUGUCAGAAGGAAUUAAUCUUACUCAAAAGAUUCACCCUGUAGAGGUAUCUGUGCCGGGAUCAGAACAUAUUGUUCACCUUAUGACUAAGAAUUGGGGUGAUAAUGAUAGCAUUUUUCAAGAUGUUAUUGAGACAAGAGGGAGAGAAUAUGCUGGCUUAUAUGAUGACAUCUCCACUCAAGGAUGGUUUAUUGGAUUGAUGUGUGCAAUUGCUCUUCUCACACUAGUAUUGCUGACAAUUUGUUUUGUGAAGCGGAACAGAGGUGGAAAGUAUUCAGUUAAAGAAAAGGAGGAUUUGCACCCAGAUCCAGAUAUUCAAUCAGCAAAAGAUGAAACUUUUGGUGAAUACAGUGACAGUGAUGAAAAACCUCUCAAAGGAAGUCUUCGGUCCCUCAAUAGGGAAAUGCAGGCCACAGAGAGUGCAGACAGCUUAGUGGAGUAUGGAGAGGGUGACCAUGGCCUAUUCAAUGAAGAUGGAUCAUUUAUCGGUGCUUAUACUGGCUCCAAGGAGAAGGGAUCUGUUGAGAGCAAUGGAAGCUCUACAGCAACAUUCCCACUCAGGUCGUAAGCAGGGCACUUGUAUACAACAUGGCUGUCUAACCCUCACCUUCUAUGUGUAUCUAUUCAAGGGAGCAAGAACUUUUACAUAGGAAUGGAAACAUGCUGACAGAUUGUGUCCAGAGGAGACAUUCUGCAAUGAUGUUAAGAAAAAUAGCACUGCCUUCAAAAAAAAAAAAAAAUCAAAACAAAACAACAA